GAAGCUACCAAGAUCCGUCAGGUUCCGACUGGAUCAAAAUAGAACGCGCGCUCUGCAAUGACGCGAUCGAAAUCGCAUCCCCCGUCCACGGAUGCCGAUGAUGAUCACUUCUUGCGGUUCUGCCCGCUCUCCCGCCUUCUACGUACGGUAGAUCCACAGGAGGAGCAGGAUGUGUAAAGAGAGCGCCUGCAGCACCCAACAGCCACUGUGCAAGCCUCUAUGGAAUGGAAAUGCGUGUAUGUAUGCCCACCGCUCUUACGCCAUAUGCCUAUUCCUAAUAAAUGGAACACACUAUCGUCUGUACGCCACAGUGACUCUCGAUCAUCACGGAGGUCGCGGGCAUUCGUCCUCAUCUUGUUACCCUCGGAGUCUGUAUAUAGCUUCGCCGUCCGUCCGCGAGACAUUUUCUUUCCGAAAGCGGACUGCACUCCACGGGAGCUCACUGAAGCUAUUCUCAUGCACGUCGAGACUCCCGUGGCGUUCCUGCAUCUCUUGGCACAUGUGCAACUUCACGCCUAAAUCCUGUCAGAUAUGCCCUCCUACAGUGAGCGUGUGGGCUGCAACAUCCGUAUGCUCUCCUGAGGUCAUCUAUCCGAGCACCUAUCCGAUAUACAGCUGCCGGUCAAACCGGAUCGAGGACUAUGACUGCUCAAUAAAAACGAUGACAAUUCAACUCCGCCGCGUACCAACCGGGCAUCCGUAUUAGUCAUCACUGGAGGUCAAUAUCUGAUGAGUCAUCGGAGUGCUUCGUCCGAUUUGACCGAUGUCUGGCAGUUAUGACAAUUAUUAUGCCCACGCCAUCGCCGCCAUGGUCUCGAACCAUCUUCGUUGAUUCACGCCUGUGGCUGGACCAGCAUGCUGGCGUCACCUCUGUCUCUGCAACUUGGGCUUGCU